AUGGAGACUCGAACAAAAAUUCAUGCAGAUUUAAAUGGUAAAUCUUUUGAUCAAAAGAAAUAUCGCAGUAUGAUAGGGUCGCUCAUGUAUUUGACUGGCAGUCAACCAGAUAAUAUGUUUUCCACAUGUAUGUGUGCAAGGUAUCAGGCCAAUCCCAAAGAAAGUCAUUUUCAGGCCGUCAAACGGAUUUUCCGUUACCUUAAAGGCACUGUGAACCUUGGUUUAUGGUAUCCGAAGGAUACAGGCUUUCAAUUAGUUGCAUACUCGGAUGUUGACCAUGCUGGCUGUAAGUUGGACCGAAAGAGUACUUCGGGAAGUGUACAGUUUUUAGGGGAUAGGUUAGUAAGUUGGUCCUCAAAGAAGCAGAAUUGUGUAUCUGCAUCUACUGCAGAAGCUGAAUAUGUUGAUGCAGCUAGCUGUUGUUCACAAGUUCUUUGGAUGAAGGCACAAUUAACUAACUAUGGAUUUCAGUUUGAAAGAAUUCCCAUCUACUGUUCCGUAUUGCUAUAUCCUACAAUCCGGUUCAGCAUACAAAAACCAAGCACAUAG